AUGGGGAAAUUUGGUAGCUUCAGUUAUCUCCAAGAAAGAUGGUAUCUCUUCCUCUUAAUGAUCAGACUAUACUUCACCUUAACCCCAAGCUACAUCUACCCCGAUGAAAACUCCCAAGGUCCAGAGAUUAUAGCAGGCAAGGUCUUCGGUUACGAUGUUAACUUUACAUGGGAAUUUACCUCCCCUUCGCCAGUAAGAAGUCAGUCCAUCCUGUGGUUAAGCUACGGUCCAACCAUGUGGAUUAUGCGAUACUUCCCAUGUACACCAAAAACCACUUUCUAUGCCUUGCGCUUGACGAUGUUCCUCCUUGGCGUGUUCGUAGGAGACAGAGCGAUCUGGGAAAUAUCCAGCUCAAGUAAAAAUAGGAAGAGUGCUUUGUUGAUGGUCGGAUCGUCAUAUGUCACUUGGACAUAUCAAAUGCACACUUUUUCGAACUCUUGGGAAACUUUGUUGGUGUUGUGGAGUGUGGUGUUGAUUAGACGUAUAAUUCAAGACAGGGGUCGAUCGAGGUUUAGAUAUUGUUUGAUACUUGGUUUCAUCUAUUCUUUUGGUCUAUUCAAUCGAACUACUUUCCCAGCUUUUAUAUUCAUCCCUUGUCUCCGACUCUUGCCGUACUUCUUCCAACAUCCUCGAUCUGCGGUGGCACUCAUUCUUUCUUUCGGAAUUACAAGCUCGAUAGCUAUACUGGUCGAUACGAUCUGUUAUACCGGUUCGAUCUGGGGUGAUCUCAAUCCAAUCAUCACGCCAUUGAAUAAUUUUCUGUACAACUCCAAUACAACCAACCUAGCUCAACACGGAUUACAUCCUCGGUAUUUCCAUUUACUCGUCAAUAUUCCACAAUCAAUCGGUCCAGCGAUACUCAUAAUCUUACUUCAACUACCAUUUUCCUUUCGCUCACCCUUAUUCUCGGAGUUGCGGUGGAAUCUCAUUACUGCUUUAUUCGCAAUUAUCGUUUUAUCAUUGCUCCCACAUCAAGAAGCUAGAUUCUUGAUUCCCAUCGUCCCUCUCAUACUGUCUUGCAUACGUCUACCUACAGGUAAGAAAAGUAGGAAGAUGUGGUUGGUAAUGUGGAUGAUAUUUAAUGGUUACAUGGGAAUAUUCAUGGGGGUAUAUCAUCAAGGUGGAGUCUUUCCAAUACAAACGCACAUACCCCAGAUGCUUGAACAGGGGAAUGUAUAUUGGUGGAAGACUUAUAGUCCGCCAGCAUGGCUUUUAGGCGACAAGGGGGGAAACACCAACUCAACUACGAUUAGAGUGUUUGAAGGAGAUAUUAUAGAUCCCAUCAGACAGUCUGCCACUGCUACUCCGACGUACCUCGUCGCACCGUACAGUGCGACAAGCUUGGAUAGAUAUGUGAAUAUGGGGGAUGAAAGGGUAAGAUUAGAGGAGAUGUGGAGGUAUGAUCGGCAUUUGAAUUUGGACGAUUUGGAUUUUGAGGUAGAUCGGGUUUGGGGGACAGUGGGAAGAGUUUGGGGGAGAAGAGGAUUGAUACUUUGGAAAGUACAUAUAACGAGAUGA